AUGAAUGGGACGAUGCGGACACCCACUUUGACUCCAGGCUGGUGGGAUUCCACGCUCAACAGCGUGUUUGAGCUGAUGCGCUACACUCUGCAGGCAGGUGUGCUGGACACAUACACCGACAGCAACACGAGGGAGCGCAGGCCGUACGAAGCCGACGGCUUCAUCGCCGCUGCAGCCCGCAUCUUGGUCCAGCGUGAGUACAUGUGGCCAAGGCACUCUCACGCAUGGGUGAUCCAAUACCCGACUUCGCCUGUGGAGUGGAAGCAGCUGACACCGUUCUUGGGCUGGCAGGACUACAUGGCCACAGGUCAACCAGACUUGGCGAGGGCUUUCACUGAGACGAUGUACGAUCGUACCAUGAUCUCCUACCUUGAGAAUGGCACCGGCAUCUUAGACACAUCCAAGAUGGGACAGCAUAUUGUGGAUUGGAUGCCCAAAGGACGUGAGGAGGACGAGACCGUUGGUCUCGGGGAGUUCACGGCCAGCAAUCACCACUCUGUGAGCAAUGCUUACUGUGCGCACGGCUUGGAGCUAUUGUCCAAGAUGAUGAAGGCCGCGGGCGACGACGAGAAGGCUGCGGACUUCGGAAAGCAGGCCUCCGACCUGAAGCAGGCCAUCACGAAGUACAUGUGGAACGGAACGGCCUACUGCGAUGGUGUGUGCAGUGAGGUCGGCGGCAAGUCUUUGAUCAUGUCCAACAUGUUCACGCUAUUCUUCGGCAUGGUACCUCCGGAGAAUAUUCCAUCCGUUUGGAAGACCAUCAAAAAUUGGGGAUUGGAGGAGAUAGGUGAUUAUGGCGCAUUCUUCUACCUAGGUGCGUUGAGUAGCAGCUACUAUGCCCCGCUCUUUUCACUUCCAGACGAUGGAUCCGCUGUCUUGACAGCGCUCACUAAGUGCGACAAGUAUUCUUGGUGCUCUGGGCUUAGAGACGACAACCUUACCAUGACGCGCGAGUCUUGGCACGACGGCACAUACUCGCACCCGUGGGGCACAAGUGGAAUGGUCGGCUUCUUCUGGGGUAUCCUAGGUGUCCACCAAACAGCACCAGGCUUUGCUUCUGCGACGAUCCGUCCAAAGUUGGGCAGCCUUACCCACGCAGAGGGUACGGUGCCCACGCUACGUGGCUACAUCAAGGUCAAGGCGCAGCCAGCAUCCGUGGACGUGGAGCUGCCCUGCAACGUCGACGCGACGCUGUGCCUACCACGUAGCUCCGCCGACAAAGCCAUCGCCAACGUGGAGUCCACAACGCUCCUGCUCGACGGUGUUACAGUGACGGCGGUCCAAGAUGGCAAUCAUAUCUGCGCUAAGCAGCCGGUGACUUGUGGUGCUGGCGGAGCGGCGCGUCGGCUCACAUCGUCAGCCCGUGUUCUCUUCACCUGA